AUGUCAAGCGAAUUACCUUUUUUAGAUUCACCUACAUAUAAAUGGAUCAUGGUUGGCGGAAAAGGAGGUGUUGGAAAGACUUCAACAUCUUGCUCUAUUGCAAUUGCUCUUGCAAAGAAGCGCCAACGUGUUUUAUUGAUUUCUACAGACCCAGCUUCUAAUAUCGGUGAUGCAUUCCAGCAACAUUUUACUUCAAGUCCAACACUCGUUAAUGGAUUUACAAAUCUAUGGGCUAUGGAAGCACCAGAAACAAUUUCCGAUAAUGGCGACGAACAAUUUGAGCAAAUCUCAUCAAUGCCAGGUAUCGAUGAAUUUAAUGCUCUCACACAGCUUUUUAACUCAGUUGAUAAGGAUGAUUAUGACGUUGUAGUUUAUGAUACAGCUCCUACUGGCCAUACAAUGAGACUUCUUCAACUCCCUACCAAAUCGUUCUUUACCAAUUCUGGACUCUUCAACCCAAGCAUGCUCUCUUCAAUUUCAUCACUUUUAGGUCCAAACUUCGAUGUGUCUGAUAAAUUUAAUCGCUUGACUUCCUUAAUGGAAAAUGCUCGUAAGCGUCUUACAAAUCCACAAGAAUGCACAUUUGUUUGCGUUUUAUUACCAGAAUUUCUUCCAUUAUACGAAACAGAAAGAUUAAUUACAUUCCUACAAGAACAAAAUAUAGAAUCACAUUGCCUUGUCGUCAAUCAAGUCCUCCAGGAACAAAUGGUUGAAGAAUGCCCAUUCUGCCAUAAAAGAUAUCUCAAUCAACAGAAAUAUCUUACAGAUAUUGAAGAACUUUAUGGAGAAGAAUUCCGUAUUGCUAAGAUACCUCUCCUUGAUGAAGAAGUCAAAGGAAUUGAAGCAAUUAAGAGAUUCUCCGAAAAACUUGCCCCUCUUAUGUCUCCUCAAUAG